UCAGCAUCGUACGCACACUGGUGUCGCCAAGACGCUCUUGUUCAGCCUUCCCGCUUUUGCGCAGCCUGACCUGGCCACAGCGCUUCGAUCUGACCCCCGUGUGUCUAUCUGAGCAAUAUGUCUGAUUACGGCGCUCUUUCGACGAACGGAGUCAGUGGAGGAAUGAAAAAAGACGCUUUCGCAGACGCCGUCGAGAGAGCCCGACAGAUUGCAGCUAAAAUUGGUGGUGAUGGUGCGCCACUGGUUAGCAACAACGGAGGAGCUGAGGGAUACUCGUUCUCUGCACAGAAACGUUCUCUUGAAGAAGCAGAUGAACCAGAUGCCAAGAAGGUAGCAUCGCAGAGCGACAGAGAUUCUUCUUUGUCUAUUGGAGCACAGCUUGCUGCCCUGUCUCAACAAAGUGUACGGUCCUCCACGAUGACAGAAGAGUGCAGAGUUCCGGACAGCAUGGUCGGCCUCAUUAUUGGCAGAGGAGGUGAACAGAUUAACAAAAUACAACAAGACUCUGGCUGUAAAGUCCAAAUUGCACAUGACAGUGCUGGUCUUCCUGAAAGAAGCAUUUCUCUGACGGGUUCGGCAGAUGCUAUUCAGAGAGCCAGGGCACUCAUAGACGACAUUGUGUCAAGGGGUCACGAGUCAUCAAAUGGUCAAUCGGGUUCCAUGCAGGAGAUGAUCAUCCCUGCUGGCAAAGCUGGUCUUAUCAUUGGUAAAGGAGGAGAGACCAUCAAGCAGCUGCAGGAACGUGCUGGAGUUAAGAUGAUUCUUAUUCAAGAUGGAUCACAGCCACCGAAUGUGGAUAAACCACUGCGCAUCAUUGGAGACCCAUACAAAGUGCAGCAAGCAAAAGACAUGGUUAAUGAAAUUCUACGAGAGCGAGAUCAUGGUGGGUUCGGAGACAGGAACGAUUACGGCUCCAGAAUGGGAGGAGGUGGCAUUGAUAUAGCAGUACCGCGUCACUCUGUCGGAGUGGUCAUUGGCAGAAGUGGAGAGAUGAUCAAGAAGAUUCAGAGUGAUGCUGGAGUCAAGAUACAGUUCAAACCUGAUGACGGUACAGGUCCUGAUAAAAUCGCCCAUAUUAGUGGCCCACCAGACCAGUGUCAGCAUGCAGCGUCUAUCAUCACCGACUUGCUGCAGAGCAUUCGAGCUCGAGAGGAGGGCGGUCAGGGGGGACCUUCAGGGCCUCCCGGUUCAGGGAUGCCUGGUGGGCGAGGCCGAGGCAGAGGUCAAGGUGGCUGGGGUCCACCUGGAGGAGAAAUGACCUUCUCCAUCCCUGCACACAAAUGUGGCCUCGUGAUUGGCAGAGGGGGAGAGCAUGUCAAAGCCAUCAACCAACAAACUGGUGCAUUUGUGGAGAUAUCCCGGGAGCCACCACCCAAUGGGGAUCCCAACUUCAAACUUUUCACCAUCCGAGGCUCCCCACAGCAGAUCGACUAUGCAAAGCAGCUUAUAGAGGAAAAGAUUGAGGCUCCUCUAUGCCCAGUUGGUGGGCCUGGCCCAGGCGGACCCAGCGGGCCGAUGGGUCCUUAUAAUCCCAACCCCUAUAAUUCAGGCCCUCCGGGUGGAGCUCCUCAUGGAGGCGGACCUGGGGGACCGCAGUACUGUCCUCAGGGUUGGGGAAACGCCUACCAACAGUGGCAGGCACCAGGCCCUCAUGACCCAAAUAAAGCACCAGCCGAUCCCAAUGCCGCAUGGGCAGCCUACUAUGCCCAAUAUUAUGGUCAGCAGCCAGGUGGCGCUAUGGGUGGGCAGAAUCCUGGGGCCCCUGCACAGGCAGCAGCACCAGGGGACCCCAGCCAAGCACCACAGUCGGCUGGUGGCCAGCCAGACUACACAAAGGCCUGGGAGGAGUACUACAAGAAGAUGGGCAUGACCCAGCCUGCUGGAGGUGCUGCUGCUGCUCCAGGUACUGCAGCCUCAGCACCAGCUGGGGGCGCUGCAGCAGGAGGUCAACAAGACUACAGUGCCGCCUGGGCUGAGUAUUACAGACAGCAGGCAGCAUACUAUGGACAGACGGGUCAAGCGCCUGGACCUGGAGCUGCACCACAACAAGGACAGCAGGCUCAGUGAAGACACCUUGGGCCAGCUGGACAUUGAUUCUCUGGACUUUUCCCCUCCAUAUUCCCCUCAACAUCACAACACCGUGGUUUCCGCGACCACAUUCCUCCCACAUCGUAUUUGUCUAUUUAAAGUCAAGAUUUAAUAAGGGAAGAUGUUUUUUCUCUCAUUGAUCGAAGCACUAAAUUACUUCUUUGAGCCGUAACUUUCACCUCCUACUCGUUUAUGAUUAUAUUUCAGUAGAAUGUGAAUCAAGGAGCAUAUUUGCUUGCAAACUUGAACAUCUCCACAUUGAUUCAUGUUUUACCAAAUCAUUUUCUGGCGGUCAAUCUGUGCAGUAUUUUGAAUACAUGCAGAAUUUUGAGAUCAAAAUUAUUUCCUUUUUUUUUUAAUUGAGUUUUAAAUCUUCCCAGUAUUUCAUUUGCAGGUUUAUCUUCCCCUGCAAUUAUUUCUUAUUUUUAUUCACUGUAAUUAAUUUCACUUUGGGGGGGCUUUGUGUUUGUGUGUCUGUAUACAGUGUAUGCUACUGACAGAGAAGUGUGUGUGUGUGUGUGUUAGCUGUAAAAAGGCGCUCUGACCUACAGUGUGUAGGCUGCUCAUGUGUGCAUGCAUGUGUGAAUGUCGGCCCUCUCAUUUCCCCAUUAAUGCCAGAUUUUUUUUUUUUCGUCCUAAUAGUUUUUGUCAUUGUACCUUGUUUUUUUACAGCUUGUUUUUAAAUACUUAAAAUAAAAACAUUAAAAUUGACUUUGUUGUUUGGGCCCACCACUAGCUACUUUCAAUUUGAAAUGACCUUUUGAAAUGGGGUGUCACCAAAGACUCUGUCUCAAAAGUGCUUUAUUCAAUAAAUAUGACCACAAAUGUGCAAGCUGAGGAAUGUUUGU